GUUCGUGUCGACAUCAUCACACAGAAAAAAACCUCCAAAGAGAGAGACUUUUUGAAGUGUAAAGUACACAAAUGGGAGGAGGAGAACCGAUGGAUCAUCACCAACAACGAAUCUCCGCCACGAAACCCGAAGGUGUGGGACAGGGGAAGCUCUACUCUCCUGACCACGCGAUCAAAGUCGCCGCGGAAGUCGACGAGAACGUGGGACAGGGGGAACUCUAUUCUCCUGACCACGCAAUCAAAAUCUCCUCCGAGAAGCCUAAGCUUACUAACUCUGAGGAGGAAGAGGAGAGGAUGUUGGGGCUGAAGAGUCUCGCGGCGGUUAAGGAUAAAGUGUUGGAGAAGCUAGCGGCCGCUGCGGUUCCGUCGGAGUCGCUGGAAAACGCUAAACAGUUUCUGGAAGGUGUGAUUAAGGACUUGGCUGGAGCGGCGCAGGGGAUGACUAAAGACGCGUUGCACCGGAUUAAAACCCAUCUCGCUGUUAUUCUUCCCUCUCUCUCUCCUGCAGUCACCGGAAAGAUCGUGGACGAUGCGGAGAAGGAAGCCAUUAACGGAGAGGAAGAAGAUGAGAGAAAGUCAAAAGAGAGCUCGCAAGAUGCAUCCGCCGGAAAGUUAACUUUCUCAAAGCUUUGACGGAUGGAUACGACGCAGAGAAUCUGAAGUGUCAUGUUUGGUUACAGUGAGUGAAGGCUUAUCUGGAAUGUUAUUUAUAUUAUGAAUCAAAAAUGUCAAGACGUAUCUGUAGAAAUAAGACGUUUUUUAAAUACACAAAGCGAUCAAAAAGAA